AUGACGUCUUCAAAGCUCCAUCAACGGAAGCUUCUUGCGGGCUUCAAGGUCCAUCACUUGCUCCGCGGUCAAGAGGCUAAAGAUCAUGCACGCACGUCGGCCAUCAAGAAGCUCAAGCUCAAGUACUCGAGGAUCAAGAGGCUCAAGCUCAUCCAACCAGACGACAACUACUUCAUCUGGAAAAGACAUUUUCUCCAAUUCCUUCUAAGCAAGAGCAAAACCGACUUCGUCAACGGCACCUUCGUGAUACCAGAACCUUCCUCUCCGCUAUACGAACCAUGGAAAGUGUGCAACGCGAGGGUCAAGUGUUGGAUGAUGAGUUGCGUGAGCGAAAACUUAAAAGACUAUGUGCGUUUCACCGACACGGCACAUAAAGCUUGGGAGGAUCUACGCAUGAUGUUCGUCCCGAGCGUCGCGUUGAGGAUCCGCCAGCUUCGUCAGAGAAUUGAUUUGAUGAGGCAAGAUGGUGACUCGGUGGCGAGAUAUUUCGGGAAACUGAAGAGUGUUUGGAUGGAGCUGUCGGAGUAUGAUACUACAUUACAGUUGUCGGAACGAGACAUAGAGGUGAGAGAGAAGGAGACGCUUUACGCGUUUCUGAUGGGUAUGAACAAAGAUCUAAGCUUUGUGAGAACGCAAAUCACGGCCAUGUGUCCUCCUCCGUCUCUUGACCAAACGUACGCUCUUGCUAUCCAAGCAGAAUCUUUGAUGAACUCCACAAGAUGA